GUUUGUUCACACGGAACUGCCUUCAUCUAAAGUGAUCAAAAAACCCACAGAGGAUGGAAGUGUUUACUCAUCUGAGGUGAGCAUUAAAAUUGGCUGAACUUCUUUCUUUCCUAAUUUGGAGAUGUAAAACUCAUGCACAAUUACACAAUUGACGACUUUCUGAUGAAGCAGAGAUGGAAAAAGAAUGAAAUAGCUGCUUAUGUUGGAACUUUGAAGAGUGAAACAUCAAUUAUGAAAUUCUUUUGGAUGCUCUUGGCUCAGCUUCUAUUUCCCUGUUGUUUCGCCAAAAGUGUUGCUGGCAACUAUGUAAGACAAUGUAAGUCUCCAGGUGAACUUCCAGCCCCACAUUUUGUUAUGAAUGGAACUCCAGUGCAAGAGGGAGAGUGGGUCCUCUUGCAAUGCUUGCUUAGUAAUGAAUUUGAGGUGAAAAACUUUUAUUUCUGUAAAGAUGGGCAUCCCCUUUCAACUCCCACUGCCUUCUUAUAUAAUGGCAUUUACAAGGUGUCACUCCAGAUCUCGCAGCAAAGUGCAGGCCAGUAUAGCUGUGGGUAUCAAAGAAUGGACAGGGAGAGCCAGAUGAAGAAGUUUGCCCACAGCACUGUCAAGAAUCUGAUUGUCUUAUCAGAGACAAAAAGGCCGGUUCUGGCACGAAUUACAGCUUUCGUCAUCAUUUUAUUUCUGGGUUUCUUGCUCUGUUUCCUGCUUAAAAAAUAUGCAUGGCCCAAGAGAUGUUCAUGGGAAGAAGCUCCAAUCAAGAUGAAACAUACUGAGGCUUCUGAGGAACAAAUUUAUUAUGCUGAGAUUGUGAAAUUCAGCAAAGCUCUGGAACCAGCAUCCCAGAAUUUAGAAGAUAUAUAUAUGCCUAUGGCAGGAGGUAUAUCUCUGCCUAUGGCAGAAGAUAUAUAUCUGCCUAUGGCUCCACUGCGCAAACAUCUUAACUUUGAUGAUACAGUUGCUUUGGAAACCUUGGUCACUGUACAAGAAGAUUCCUCAGCAUGAAUGGGAAUUGAUAAUGGAGGAAUUCAGGAGUCCUGAAAAGAUCUGAAGACUCUUUCAUCUGAUCACUACCACUUUUAUGUGAAAUGCUGUUCAGAUUUUACAGCUGUGGAGCUCUCAACAAGUAUUCCUUGCAAUGAUCAAGUUCCUACUCACCUGGAAGCCAAGGACAAAUGUCAGUGGAGCAAAUUUGGCAGGAUGGUAGGAUUUAUAAACACUGAACACUUUGUAAAUGUGUCCCUUAAUGAAACUAUUCUCUCUGUGGCUUCAUAAUUUCUUAGUUUAUGGGCAACAAAUCUGUUUCAGAUCUGUAAUUAGGCUGUCAGUUCUUGUCUAUUGAUCUUGGUGAAAAAAACAUGUUUCAUUCAGAAAUUCUUUUAUGAUAGUAUGAAUUUGGAUCCAAACUACUAGGUGACAUUUUAGACCAACAAUGGCCAAGCCAAAGAAUACCACAUA